GUCACGCUUAGGUAGCGCUUUCCCUGCGUUAUUGCGCGUGUGCGCGACUUCCUCUCGUAACUGCCUUCACAUCACCGUCUCGCUUGGCUAGCUGCGCCUUUGUUUACUACUACUCGCCACCAGUGCCGCAGAUUAGAUCGCCUCAUCCUGCGCCUGCGGCAGCCGCCCCACCUACAAUGCUAUUUCGCUUCAUGGACCUUGCGCCGGAGCUACGAGUUCAAGCGUACGAAGAGCUCGUCGUGGUGGACAAGGUAUUCCAUACGCCAGAUCAAUUCGAGAUACGGGAAAGCUGCCUAUUUGGAGACUACGAUCGAUAUCGCGAAAGCCACACUUGUCAAUCUUGUGAACGUCGAGAGUCAUCCACACAGAAGCUGAGAUGUGUAUCUGAGCAUGAACACUUUCGUUCUGCCCCUCAAAUGGCAGUUUUUGUCACCUUUCCGCGAGCUGUCGCCGUACUGCAAGCAUCUUGUCUCAACGAGCCGCAUGAUCGUCUCUCGGGCGGCUUUGCAGAAAGUCAAACACAUCAACGUAAUGCUACGUGCCCGUUCGAACACCAUAGAUUUUGCGAUGAACCGGUCGGAUUGGACGGGUUCGGAGUUUGACCAUGUUUUCCCUGCCGGGAGACUGGAUAUGGCUCAUGAACGGGCUAUCGAGUGGGGCUGUGGUGAUCGAAAUGCUUUGUCGAUGGCUGUCUCCAGUCACGAGAACCUUCAGUCGGUCGACUUUGACGUCACAAACGAUUAUUGUCCGCUUGGGUGCUGCCGAGAACUCAGCCUCUACUUUGAUCUGGCUAUGCAGUGUGUCGAGAAAGUUCGGUUCUUUGAUCUCAGGAAUGACGAGGAGAAGGGAACGAUUCUGAAAACCUGUAUGCAGGACAUGUAUCUGACCCCAGAGAAACUAUGUGAGCGGUUCCACAUCGAGUUCGAAGCCGACAGCUCAUGAGCCAAGAGGAAUGAGCAGAUUACUGAUUUCAAGGCGUCUUCUCCGAUCAUUCGUAGCAUAUAUCAAUUAACGAGAAACUAAUUAAUGA